AUGAUAUACUCUACCUCAGAUGAAGCAGGGGGCGUCAACACUCCAGAUGAAGCAGGGAAAGAGUUCAACACUCCAGAUGAAGCAGGGAAAGAGUUCAACACUCCAGAUGAAGCAGGGGGCGUCAACACUCCAGAUGAAACAGGGCGAGGCGUCAACACUCCAGAUGAAGCAGGGCACGCUUUAACACUCCAGAUGAAGCAGGGUGAGGCUUCAACACUCCAGAUGAAGCGGGGAGAGAGUUCAACACACCAGAUGAAGCAGGGAGAGGCGUCAACACUCCAGAUGAAGCAGGGCGAAGCGUCAACACUCCAGAUGAAGCAGGGUGAGGCUUCAAAACUCCAGAUGAAGCAGGUUUCCAUUGAUGACGUCGACUCUGUGCGUAAGGGCCGCCAGUCGGAGGGUCUUCAGAAGCACACAGAGGCCCACGUGGAGGACCUCUGUUUCUCCAUCAUCUUUAAGGGCCGCAGGAGGAACCUGGACCUGGUGGCGACCUCGGCGGAGGAGGCUAGGCAGUGGGUCAAUGGUCUGGAGAAGAUCCUCUCUAACGUGAAGAAACUCAACCGCCAGCAGACGAGCGAGCACUGGAUCUUCAACUGUAUGAGGAAAGCAGACAAGAACAAGGACAACAAGAUGACUCUGAAGGAGCUGAAACACUUCCUCCGUCAGAUCAACAUCGAGGUGGACGACAUGUACGCUGAAGUGCUGUUUGCAAAAUGUGACAAGUCUAACUCGGGCUCCCUGGAAGGUCCUGAGAUCAAACACUUCUAUGACCUGCUGGUAUAUCGCGAGGAGAUCGAUGUGAUCUAUGGGAAGUACGCCACUACGGGGGAGCAGAUGAGUGUCAAAGACCUGCUCAACUUCCUGCUGAACGAGCAGCGUGAGGUGGCCACCAUGGAGGACGCUGUAAGACUCAUAGAGAGAUACGAGCUGGACGAUUCAGGUGAGAGAUGCUCUAGUACUGACUCAAUACGAGCUGGAUGACUCAGGUGAGGAGAGAUGCUGUGGUACUGACUCAAUACGAGCUGGAUGACUCAGGUGAGGAGAGAUGCUGUGGUACUGACUCAAUACGAGCUGGAUGACUCAGGUGAGGAGAGAUGCUGUGGUACUGACUCAAUACGAGCUGGAUGACUCAGGUGAGGAGAGAUGCUGUGGUACUGACUCAAUACGAGCUGGAUGACUCAGGUGAGGAGAGAUGCUGUGGUACUGACUCAAUACGAGCUGGAUGACUCAGGUGAGGAGAGAUGCUGUGGUACUGACUCAAUACGAGCUGGAUGACUCAGGUGAGGAGAGAUGCUGUGGUACUGACUCAAUACGAGCUGGAUGACUCAGGUGAGGAGAGUCGCUC